AUGGAGGCGAGUGCCGAGCCUAACGAGACGGACAGUGUCCAGGAGGAAGGAGCCGGAGGGCUGGCUGAAGGUUUUGUAAAGUUGAGCCUGGAAGCCCAGCAAAGUGAUGCCAGCUUGUUCUCUGCCGAACCUGGAGGACAGUCCCGGCGGUCAGACCCCACCCCGGAUGUGCAGCACGAGGCCUCAGUUUCCCCACCGGCCUUGCACGGUAAUGAGGUGCCCUACACCAUCCGGCCAGGAGUGACCCCGGAUGCCUCGGCGUCCCCUGAAUCUCCAGCAGCCGGUGGCGGCAACCUAAUAGUUUCCCGCUGGCUUCAGUCCGCAGAGACCCUGGUGCGCCUCAGCAGACGCGGCCGUCCCUCCCCGCCGCACGGCGACCAAUGGCCGCGGCGUCCCCGCGGGGCGGAGCCGGGUCACGUGGGCCGCGGGGCGGCGGCGGCCAUGGCUGGGAGCGCGGAGCCGCCCUCGCCCGCGGGCGUGGUGGCCGAAGAGGCGGCGGAGGAGGACGAGGAGGAGGCCGAGGACCCCGAGCGCGCGGCGGGCGGAGGCGGCGGCGGGCUGGCGGGGCCCGGGGCGGGCGGGCUCGCGGGCGCGCUCCCCAGGCGCGCGGUCACGCUACGCGUGUUGCUCAAGGACGCGCUGCUGGAGCCUGGCGCGGGGGUGCUGUCCAUCUACUACCUGGGGAAGAAGUUUAUUGGGGACCUCCAGCCCGAUGGCAGGAUUGUGUGGCAAGAAACUGGGCAGAUCUUCAACUCGCCCAGUGCCUGGGCUACCCAUUGCAAGAAGCUGGUCAACCCUGCCAAGAAGUCAGGUUGCGGCUGGGCCUCCGUGAAGUACAAGGGUCAGAAGCUGGACAAGUACAAGGCCGCCUGGCUCCGUCGGCAUCAGCUGUCUGUGCCUGUGGCUACUGAUGAGAGCCCUGCCAGUGAAGGGGAAGAGGAGGAGCUGAUGAUGGAGGAGGAUGAGGAAGAGGUGCUGGCAGGGGUCUCGGCAGAGGACAAGAGUCGGAGACCUCCUGGGAAGGGCUCCUUGGAACCUGUACACCCUGACGUCACAUCCCCAGGCAAGCGGGUGGACAAGGUUCGGGCACCAGUCCGCUAUUGCAUGCUAGGAAGUCGCGACACAGCCAGGAAUCCCCACACCCUGGUAGAGGUGACACCCUUUGCAGCCAUCAACAAGUUCCAGCCGUUCAAUGUGGCCGUUUCCAGCAAUGUGCUUUUCCUGUUGGACUUCCACAGCCACCUGACUCGGAGUGAGGUCGUAGGCUACCUCGGGGGCCGUUGGGACAUCAAUAGCCAGAUGCUCACGGUACUGAGAGCCUUCCCCUGCCGGAGCCGGCUGGGGGACGUGGAUAUGGCAGCCACCAUUGAGGAGGAGAUAUACCAGAGCCUGUUCCUGCGAGGCCUGUCCCUGGUCGGCUGGUACCAUAGCCACCCACACAGCCCUGCGCUGCCAUCACUGCGGGACAUCGACACUCAGAUGGAAUACCAGCUUCGCCUGCAGGGCUCCAGCAAUGGCUUCCAGCCUUGCCUGGCCCUGCUCUGCUCCCCGUACUACUCUGGGAACCCAGGCCCUGAGUCCAAGAUCUCACCCUUCUGGGUGAUGCCUCCCCCUGAGCAAAGGCCCGGUGACUAUGGCAUCCCUAUGGACGUGGAGAUGGUCUAUGUGCAGGACAGCUUCCUGACCAAUGACAUCCUACAUGAGAUGAUGUUGCUAGUGGAUUUCUACAAGGGCGCCCCGGACCUCGUGAGGUUCCAGGAAUCCUGGAGCCCAGAGCACAGCUAUCUGGACAAGCUAAAGAUAUCACUGGCCAGCAGGACACCCAAGGACCAGGGUGUGUGCCAUGCACUGGAGCAGGUGUGCAGCGCACUCAAGCAGGGCUGCUGAGCUGCAAGGGUCUAGUUCUGCUGAUGGCACCUGUCGACUGUCAUCCUGUCUCGCGACUCAGGAUGGGCAAUAAAGAAUAAGCAAACUGUG